CAUUGCCUGGUUCGUCGCUCUGUCGUCUCCCUCCCUUCACCCCCUCCUGCGUCUAUCUAUUCUGCCUCUUCUCUGUUCUCUCUCGGCCUCUGCCUCUUCUUCUCUCUCGGCCUCUGCCUCUUCUUGAUUUGCGGUAAAAUUAGCCUGCACGCGGUCAACUGGAUAUACAGUUGGUGAGCCGAGCUGCCACGAGGAAGGCGCUGAGAGAGAGGAGAGAAGAGAAACAGUGCUGGCAAUGGUGUUCUACUUCAAGGCGCGGCCGGACGCCGGCGAUUACACCAUCUACAUGGGCGCAGACAAGAACGAGAACGAGGAGCUCAUCAAGUACGGCCUCCCCGAGGACGUCUGGUUCCAUGUGGACAAGGUGUCGUCGGCGCACGUCUACCUGAGGCUCAAGAAAGGCGAGUCCAUAGACGCCAUCAGCGAAGGCCUCCUGGAGGAUUGUGCGCAGCUCGUAAAAGCGCAUUCCAUUCAAGGGAACAAGAUGAACAAUGUGGAGGUGGUCUACACGCCAUGGUCUAAUCUCAAGAAGGCGACGUCCAUGGAUGUCGGCCAAGUUGGCUUCCACAACCAUCGGAUGGUACAUGUCUUGACAGUCGAGAAGCGUGUCAAUGAGAUCCUCAGCAGGUUGAAUAAGACCAGGGUCGAGCGCCGACCAGACCUCAAAGCCGAGAAAGACGCAUCAAAUGCAGCGGAGAAGGCCGAGAGGAAGAUGCAGCUGAAAGACAAGAAGCGUAGGGAGGAGAUGGAGAGGGUGGUGAAGGAGCGGCAGGCCGAGAUACGGAGCUACAAGGGCCUCAUGGUCGCCGAGAAGAUGACCUCCAACCGCCAGAUCGCCUCCGCCGGCAAGUCCAUACAGGAAAUGGAGGACGAGUUCGUCUAGCAGCUAGACUCAUGCGUGUGUAGUGUGUCGUCCAUGUCCAUGUGUAUAUAUGCCGAUGCGCGCAUCUUGCAAUUGCAUGCGUGUGCGAGCGUGGUCUCAACGAGGAAACGUAGGAUCGAUCGAUCCUCGAUCUUCCUGACGGUGCGGGUGUACAUAUAUAACGUCCUUGGUUUGGACAGAAAUGAGAAAGAAGCUAGCGCAGAAA